AUCAGGUCUGAAGUGGGUCAAGUUUUCGCUCUUAGUUCGCUGAUCACGUGGUAUGGUUAUGUGCUUAAGGACUUUACCACCAUUGUGCGACUGUAUGACUUUUUCCUAGCCACUCAUCCUCUUAUGCCCGUGUACUUCGGAGCUGCGGUAAGUCUGUUUCCUUUUUUUCGGUCUGUGUAAGUGUACGUGUGUACGUGAGUGUGGAAUCUCAGAAAAUUGCCCUCCUUCCUGCCUUUCUUCUGAUCAAAACCCCACGUUCGAUAUACAAGAGGAGGUAACCGGUCAUUUCGCCCUCAAGUCAUUUCGUUCCGGUUUUUCGAGUCGUUUAGCAAGCAUCAAAUGUAAUAUUAUUCGUUCUAUAAGCCAUAAAGCAAAACAAGCGCGCUUCAAAUGUAAUAUUUGUCGUUCUUUAAGCCAUAAACCGAAAAAAGUAAGCUUCAAAUAUAAUAUUCCUCGUUCUUAAAUAGACGGGCUAAGUAACUGGGGCGAAAUGACCGUAAAGUCAAUCGAACCAUCCCUUCUAUGACUGCCUUGACGAGAGUGGUCAUUAUAGGAAGGUGACCGUGUGAGAAAGGUUAACCUGUUCGCUCCUGGACAUUUUGCUGAAAAACACGUGCCACUUUCUGGCCCAAAAGAACCAAAACUAUUUCGGGGCCUUCUGUUCCUGAUCAGCCUGAUACUAAAUAUCAGCUUCUAAAGUUCAGGCAGGCGCAAAGAGCAACACUUCAGCUCUCCUUUGUGCAUGUUCAAAACAAAGCCGUUUCGUUGGGAGUUUGCUGUGCAUACUCUGUCGAGUGUUGUGUCCGAUUUUUUGUGGUUUUUACGCAUAUCAUGUCAUUUGUUCUCAAGCUUGCUCCGUAUAACUCUACCUUCUUAAUCAACAUUGACUUCACUCUGCGACUACGUUAGUUUGCGUUGAAAAUUCUGUGUAACGUGAUUGCUUUCUCCCUUGCAGCUUAUUAUUCGCCGCCGUGCUGAUGUUCUAAGCGGUGAAUGUGAAAUGAGUUACGUUCACCAUCUUCUUUCUCGAAUCCCCGACGAUCUGCCUGAUUACGUGGAAGAACUUGUCACUGCAUCUCAUUCACUCUUCUGUAAAUUCCCUCCCGAGAAGCUAGCUGGCGCUGCAGAACGUUACCUUAAGGAAAGGUGAGUAAGAUAAAACGGAAGGUUUAUCAUUCUGAGAAGAGGAAUGUUGUUCAUUCUUUCCUUCUAGUUCAUUCAGAACACUCACUACUCACUGUGUUUCUCCAACCAUCGCAAUUGGCGACAAAUUUGUUGAGAUUAUUUUUGGGAUACGGUAUCUUUCGGAGGACAAAAUAUUUACACCUCCUCCCCCACCUCCACUCAAGAUCAUUAAAAGUUGCCGGGGUGAUAUUUGUACUCUUCUACAUGUAGCUUAAUUAGCGGCACAACAUUGCAUAGGGGGUGAGGAGAGUUUAGGCUUCAUUUCCACUUUUUGAAGUAAAUAGUUUCGGCAGAUCUCGAGGAAUGUCCUUGAGGGAAAAGUGCCGGCUAAUUUCGUCGCCGAUUGCAGGUAAAUUGGCUGUGUAGCACCCGUUUCUGCUUGUACUCAGAACUGAGAACGAUGGUGGGACCUGAGUAAACCCAAUGUAAGGGCGUCAUCCAGCUUCUUAAAAAAACGCUUGAUACGCAGGCUUGUACUGUAGUUGUAGGUGUAUGAAUGGAUGCAUUGUCACAGUUGUUUUCUCAGAUAAAACCCUUUGCUUUAUUUUGUGUUCCUCGAGCCAUUUGUAGAAAUUGAUGCAUUGUCGCUGUGUUGUUUCCUUGUACGAUCCAUUUUAAACUGUGUACCGGUGGCGAAAAUUCGGGGCUUGGGGGCUAACCCUGAGGUUUAUUGGCAAACUGUCAAGAGAGUAGCCUCCAUGUGAAAAAGUGGCGGGGAGAGGGGCUGGGGAGAGAGGAAAUGGGACUCCUUCUCCCCUUUUCCCUUUCGGGUUUCCACCCCUCCCUCCCCUUCCUUGUUUUCGCUCCGGCCACUCAGGCUUAGGAGAGAGCAGCUCCUAGUCGCUCAAUGCUACAUAGUCUGUGUUAAGCUCCGGCACGAUUACCCACCGGCGUUAACGCGACUCUCUACAUUAAACGUACAUUUGUUUGUAUUUCAGCAUGGCCCUCAGGGCCAAACACAAGCAGUUCAUCAGAGAGUUGGAGGAUCAGAGACCGGAUUCUGUUUUACGACAGCGAAGGAAACAACUCGCUCAAUACUCAAAUGAUGCGCUUCAACUUCCAGCGGGCAUCCAGUCUCCAAGUCAAUCGAACCCUUACAUGAAACCAGCGGUAUGGACGCUUACGGCUUCCGUGGGAACGGUGGCGCCUUACGUCCUGAGUUCUGCGAAGCGCUGGAUUUAG